AUGUUGUUACUUAAUUUCAUUUUAGGGAUUGAAAAGCGUCCAACAUUUUUCGUUGGUAGUCGGUAUGGACGGUCAAGCACCAAUACUAGAACCAGCAGCACUGGAACGAUACAGAGCUUAAAGUCUAGACGAAUAAUUAUUGCACCUCGGAAUGAUCAUUUCUAUAUUGGCUCUAGAUACGGAAAACGAAGUGCUUGGUCUCUACCGCCCUACGAACAGAUAAAACUUGAUUUGGCAGUCAGUAAGGAAACUGGACACAAAGAGGUGGAACACAUUCUUAGUUUUAGCUCAAUAAUGCUGGCCUCAAUAACAUCGUGCACUUACCUGGCCAGAGAGCGAGUUCUCGACGAAGGUGAAGAUGAAAAUGACGACGACGAUGAUGACGAUGAGGAGAAGCAGGAGAAUUUGGCGUCGCCGCCUAUUCCAGUAUUUUCGCUGCCACCCACAAGCACUGCGGACUAG